AUGGCGGAUCGCGCGGAGAUGUUUUCUCUCUCCACCUUCCACUCGCUGUCGCCGCCGGGCUGCAGGCCUCCGCAGGACAUAAGCUUGGAAGAAUUUGAUGAUGAAGACCUGUCUGAGAUCACUGAUGACUGUGGCCUGGGCCUCAGCUACGACUCAGACCACUGCGAGAAGGACACUCUUUCCCUGGGGCGCUCGGAGCAGCCGCAUCCCAUCUGCUCCUUCCAGGAUGACUUCCAGGAGUUUGAGAUGAUAGAUGACAAUGAAGAAGAGGAAGAGGACGAGGAUGAAGAGGAGGAGGAAGAAGAUGAGGAGGAGGGAGAUGGGGAAGGAAAGGAGGGAGAAGGACCUCACACAGAGGCACCUGCUGGAAAGCCCCUUAUCCCCUCCCCUUCUCUGGAGGAGCCCCACAAACACCGACCCACCACCCUCCACCUGACUACACUGGGAGCCCAGGACUCCCUGAACAACAAUGGAGACUUUGCUCCGGAGCCCACAGCCUCCUGGCAGGAGACAGUGCUGUGUUCACCAGCCCAGGAGCCCCUCAGAGAGCUCCCAGGCCCCCUCCAACCCAUGGAAGAGGGGCCCAGAGAAGCACAGUCUCUGGUGUGCCCAGGUUGCGACUGUGAAGGCAACCGACCCCCAGAUCCCCCAGUGCCAGGUGGGGUAUCACCCUCCUCUGAUCCUGGCAUUGAGGCUGACCUGAGAAGCCGCUCAAGUGGGGGCCAUGGGGGUCGGCGCAGCAGCCAGGAGCUGUCAUCGCCAGGGUCGGACUCAGAGGAUGCCGGUGGCGCACGCCUGGGCCGAAUGAUCUCCUCCAUCUCGGAAACUGAGCUGGAGCUGAGUAGCGACGGUGGUAGCAGCAGCAGCGGUCGCUCCUCACACCUCACUAACUCCAUUGAGGAAGCCUCAUCUCCAGCCUCGGAGCCAGAGCCCGAGCCUCCCCAUGAACCCCCGCGUCGCCCUGCUUUCCUUCCUGUGGGCCCUGAUGACACCAACAGCGAGUAUGAGUCAGGCUCCGAGUCUGAGCCCGACCUCAGCGAGGAGGCCGACUCGCCUUGGCUGCUCAGCAACCUGGUGAGCCGCAUGAUCUCUGAGGGCUCCUCGCCCAUCCGCUGCCCUGGCCAGUGCCUGUCUCCGGCGCCACGCUUGCCGGGGGAGCCUGCAUCACAGGCUGGCGUGGCCACAGAGGACUCCCAAGACCCUGCGGCAGCAGCGGGUCCUGGUGUGGAGUUGGUGGACAUGGAGACGCUGUGUGGGCCGCCACCGCCGGCCCCCGCAGCGCCUCGGCUGGGCUCUGCACAGCCUGGGCCCUGCCUUUUUCUCAGCAACCCCACCCGAGACACCAUCACUCCGCUGUGGGCCGCACCUGGCCGCGCUACCCGCUCUGGCAGCGCCUGCUCUGCCGCCUGCUCGGAGGAGGAGGAGGACGACGAGGAGGAUGAGGAGGAUGCCGAGGACAGCGUUGCCCCACCCAGGAGCAGGGGUACGGGCCCCACUGCCCCGAUGGACGCCUCGCUGGUAUAUGACGCAGUGAAGUACACGCUGGUGGUGGAUGAGCACACACAACUGGAGCUGGUGAGCCUGCGGCGCUGUGCAGGCCUAGGCAACGACAGUGAAGACGACAGCAGUGGAGAGGCCAGUGAGGAAGAGGCAGGGGCUGCACUGCUAGGUGGCGAUCAGGUCCUGGAGGAUGCCUCUCCCGACAGUCCCGACCUCACUUUCUCCAAGAAGUUCCUCAAUGUGUUUGUCAAUAGCACAUCUCGAUCCUCCAGCACCGAGUCCUUUGGCCUUUUUUCCUGUCUGGUCAAUGGGGAGAGAGAGCAGACCCACCGUGCUGUCUUCAGGUUCAUCCCUCGCCAUCCUGAUGAGCUAGAGCUAGAUGUGGAUGACCCCGUGUUGGUGGAGGCUGAAGAAGAUGACUUCUGGUUCCGAGGCUUCAACAUGCGCACUGGCGAGCGUGGCGUGUUUCCCGCCUUCUAUGCCCAUGCUGUGCCUGGCCCUGCCAAGGACCUGCUGGGGAGCAAGCGGAGCCCUUGCUGGGUAGAUCGCUUUGACGUGCAGUUCUUAGGCUCUGUGGAGGUGCCGUGUCACCAGGGGAACGGCAUCCUGUGUGCAGCCAUGCAGAAGAUUGCCACUGCCCGGAAACUGACUGUCCAUCUGCGUCCUCCUGCCUCCUGUGACCUGGAGAUCUCUCUGCGGGGGGUCAAGCUGAGUCUGAGUGGAGGAGGGCCCGAGACUGUUCCUUAG